AUGGGAGACUGUAAGAAAAUAGUUGGCGACAAAAUUAUUAGAGGUGAUGGACCCACUGCUGUAAGUUCCCGCAUUGGUUACUUCUUAUCCGGCCCACUUCAUGUAGAGAGUAGUUAUCCACCUUCCAAUGUUAUGGAAGUCAUAGCAACCCACGUAUCUGAAACGACAGACCUCACUCGAUUUUGGGAUAUAGAAUCAAUGGGUGUUUCAAAAGGAGACUGUGAAGAUACCGAUGCUCUUCUUAUAUACAACAGUACCAGAAAUCGUAGAAAGCCUUUCUCACAUGUCGGUCUACACGAAGAUGACAGAGAUGUUACCAGAUUUCUAUGGUUAUCUGACCCUACAGAUCCCAAAAGCCAGCUUGUGACAUACAGAUUUCGAGUUGUUCUUUUUGGAGCCACAUGUUCCCCAUUUAUUCUCAAUGCUACAUUACUAAAACACAAGACCCUGAAUGCAAGUAACCCUGCCGCUAAUAUAAUUACCAGAGACCUGUAUGUCGACAAUGUAAUUUCAAGUUUUCAACAAGAACAGGAUCUUCUUAACUAUUUCCGCUACGCACGUACUCUCAUGUCCGAAGCAGGAUUCAAUCUGCGAUCGUGGACUUCAAACUCCAGUAAAUUAUGUGAACUCGCAGUAGCUGAAAAAGUCUUGGACAAGGAUAAAGUUGUCAAGGUAUUAGGAAUGUUAUGGGACCCGGAUAAUGACGAGAUGUCCUUUGUACAGCGCACGAUAGUAAACUCUGAGAGAACAACCAAACGUUCUAUUCUCAAACAGACUUCAAAAUUAUAUGACCCCCUAGGAUUGCUUAGCCCAGUAACUGUACGCGCCAAAUUACUAGUUCAAGACCUAUGGAAGAAGAAAUUUGAUUGGGACACACCACUUCCGGUUAAUAUCAUUAACACCUGGGCUGAUUUGAGCAUCGACCUGAACAGCGUAAUUCAGACCAAGUUCCAGAGACCAUAUUUUCCCACCACUGAAAAUACAGCAAAUUCUGCCGAUUUUAAUUUACACGUGUUUGUUGAUGCAAGUGCACGUGCUUAUGGUGAUGUAGCGUAUCUUACUUCCGGUCAUACAUCUACCCUUGUAUUUGCAAAGAAUAGAGUCGCACCUGUAAAAGAGAUAACUUUACCCAGACUAGAACUGAUGGCAGCACUCAUCGGUGCACGUGUAACCCACCACGUGUCAAAUGCAUUUUAUUCACGAUCACAUCCUCACAAAUGUAUUCAUUUUGAAAUCUAUUAA